AUGUCGUCUCACAAACUGAAUAUUGAAACUGGGAGUAGUGUAUUCACAGAGGAACCACCAGGCGACACACCAAAAAUGCAUAAUAAAAUAAUAAAAUACCCAUUUCGAGAUAUCAUAUGCACUGAAGAAAGUGUCGGAAAACUCCUCUCAGACUUGGAUGGCAGUAAGUCUCAAGGACCUGACCAAAUGCACCCAAAGGUUAUGAAGGAACUAAAAUCGAUCAUAAACAAACCGCUAAGUAUUAUUUUCAACAAAUCACUGGAGGAUAGUCAAGUUCCAUCUGCAUGGAAAGAGGCCAACAUCACAGCAAUAUUCAAGAAAGGAUCAAAAUCGGACCCAGGGAAUUAUCGUCCCGUAAGCCUCACCAGCAUAGUCGGAAAAACCAUGGAAAAAAUUGUGCGAAAUUCCAUCGUUAAUCAUAUGGAAAACAAUGAUCUUUUUAGCAACAAGCAAUUUGGAUUUAUCGCGAAACGGUCCACAGUUCUCCAGCUCCUUAUGGUGCUUGAGGAUUGGACGGAUAUACUAGAUCACGGUGGGGAAAUUGAUGUUAUAUAUAUGGACUUUAUGAAGGCCUUUGACAAGGUACCAGAUUAUACUUCCUCGAACACCUACCUAUUUGCUGAUGACACUAAGAUUUAUAGAGAAAUAAAAAGUGAUGAGGACAGGAAGGCAAUGCAACAAGACUUGGAUAAACUGCAAGAAUGGUCUAACAAAUGGCUUCUAAAAUUCCAUCCACUAAAAUGCAAAGUAUUAACAAUAAAACAAAAAAGGAAAGAAACAUGGACAUACCAUAUGGCAGGAGCAGAGGACAACGUGGCGUUGGAAAACAUAACUUCAGAAAAAGAUAUUGGCGUAACGGUGGAUAAAGAUCUAAAUUUCUCUAUGCAUAUGCAACAAGCUGUAAACAAAGCCAACAGUAUUGUUGGUUUUAUUAGAAGGUCCUUUGUAUACUUAGAUGAAGUGUUUUUUACACAACUGUUCAAGGCAUUAGUCCGCCCACACUUAGAAUAUGCCGCAAGCGUCUGGAACCCAUACAAAAUAAAGGAUAUCGAAUCAACUAUCCUACAGCGACCGUCUCAAGAAUCUCGGACUCCCGACAUUGGCAUACCGUAG